AUGUGCCCACAAAUCUAUGUGGAAGGGCAUCAGCAAACUCAUGCAGAGGAGAGGCCUUACAAGGGUGAUGGAUGUGAGAAAGACUUCAGCAGCAAGUGCUAUCUCAUUGAAUAUCAGCGAAAUCAUACAGGAGAGAAAUCACGUGAAUGUAAUGAAUGUGGGAAAAUUUUCCAGUUCAAUUCACAAUUUGCUAUACAUCAGAGAGUUCACACAGGUGAGAAUCAUCAUGAAUGCUGUGCAUGUGGAAACGUCUUCAGUAGGAAAGACCAGCUUGUUUCACACCAGAGAACUCAUUCAGCACAGAAACCUUAUGGUUGUAAUGACUGUGGGAAAGCUUUUGGGUUGAAAUCACAGCUCAUUAUACACCAAAGAAUUCAUGCAGGAGAGAAACCCUAUGAAUGCAUUGAAUGUCAGAAAGCCUUUCAUACAAAGUCAAACCUUCCGGUACAUCAGAGAACCUAUACAGGGGAGAAACCUUAUGGUUGUAGUGAGUGUGGGAAAGCCUUUACUUUCAAAUCACAGCUCGUUGUCCAUCAGGGGCUUCACACAGGAGUAAAGCCCCAUGGGUGCAUUCAGGGUGGGAAAGCUUUCAGUUUGAAGUUACAGCUUAUUGUACAUCAGAGAAGUCACACAGGAAUUAAACCUUAUGUGUGCAGUGAAUGUCACAAAGCUUUUAGGAGCAAGUCAUACCUCAUUAUACAUACGAGACCUCAUACAGGAGAGAAACGUCACGAAUGCAGUGAAUGUGGGAAAUCCUUCAGUUUCCAUUCAUAACUCAUUAUACAUCAGAGGAUUCACACAGGAGAGAGCCUGUAUGAAUGCCACAAAUGUGGGAAAGCCUUUAAUCGUAAAUAUCAGCUCAUUCCACACCAUAGAAUUCAUGCAGGGGAGAAGCCUUAUGAAUGCAGUGUCUGUGGGAAAACUUUUGGUUUGAAGUCACAGCUCAUUAUACAUCAAAGAAUUCAUACAGGAGAGAAACCCUUUGAAUGCAGUGAAUGUCUGAAAGCCUUUAAUACAAAGUCAAACCUUAUUGUACAUAAGAGAACCCACACUGGGGUAAAACCAUAUGGAUGUAGCCAGUGUGGGAAAGCCUUUAGUUUGAAGUCACAACUCAUUGUGCACCAGAGGAGUCACACAGAUGUGAAACCCAAGGAUGCAGUGACUGUGGGAAAGCCUUCAGGAGUAAGUCAUACCUCAUUAUACACAUGAGGACUCAUACAGGAGAGAAGCUACAUGAAUGCAAUGAAUGUGGGAAAUCCUUCAGUUUCAAUUCACAACUCAUUGUACAUCAGAGAAUUCACACAGGAGAAAAUCCGUAUGAAUGCAGUGAAUGUGGGAAGACAGCAAGUCAUACGUCAUUAUACACAUGAGAACUCAUUUGGUAGAAAAACCAUAUCAAUGUACUAAAUGUGGAAAAGCCUUCAUUCGGAAGUCACUACUCAUUGGGCACGAAUGAACCCAUGUAGGGGAAGAUCUUUGUAAAUGCAGUCAGUGUGAGAAAUCCUUCAGUGGAAAGUUACGACUCAUUGUACAUCAGAGAAUGCAUGCAAAAGAGAAGCCCUAUGAAUGCAGUGAAUGUGAAAAGGCAUUUGUUAGGAAAUCCCAGCUCAUUGUACAUCACAGAACUCAGUCAGGAGGGAAACCCUAUGGAUGUAAUGAUUGUGGAAAAACUUUCUCUCAGAAAUCAACUCUCAGUGCACAAUAGAGGGCUCAUAGAGGAGAGAAACCCUGUAAAUGCACUGAAUGUGGGAAAGCCUUUUGUUGGAAGUCACAACUGAUUAUGCAUUAGAGAACUCAUGCAGGUGAGAGAGAGAAAUUGAUGAAUUAAAAGUGAUAAACUUUCAAAAGUAAAUUCAGAUCGAAGAGAAAGUGUAAAUGAAAUCAUCCCAUGCACUGCAAAGCUUACGCUGAAUGGAAACCUUACGAAGGCACAGCGUGUGGAAGGGCACGCAC